UAAACAUCAGAGCAUGGCUCGUAAAAUAUACAUCAAUCUGUUUUUACGUCUUCCUCAACGCAUUGUAAAGUUUUUAAUCAGGCCGAUGGACGUGAUGGGUUGUAACUCGCAGGUGCGGUAAAAUAACGUAUUCUCUUCAUAUCAUAAGUGCAGGAAGUUCUCUCAAACAUUAUAUAAACAGUUAUUGGCUACAUUAUAUACAUCAUCGUGUUGUGCCACGCUUAUUCCUUGCCUACUGGAAGAACUAAAAUUUAUCAAUUUUAUCAGUGUAUCGCUAUCAGGAAAUCUCAUUCAGAACGGUUACUUGCGAAACAUACAUUAUAUCGUGUAACGUGAAGUGCAUGACUUGGACCAUAAUUAUGAACAACACGUCUCAACAAUCACGUCUGACCGUAUUUGGUUUCAUAAAGUUACCACUGGAAUACGAAGUCGAAAAAGAUGUCGUCAUGAGUUUUAUAGCUUUAAUGUCUUUCGUUGCUAUCAUUGCUAAUGGCAUUUUAUUACUUGUGAUUAUUAAAGACCCGUUUAAACAAUUGCGAACCAUUACAGCCAUUUUGCUGGCGUUUAACUCAGCGACCAAUUUAGGCAGUUCCCUGGUGUUAUUUCUUGACAAUGUGUUUUAUUGGUUUCAUGGAAAACUUUCACCAGAAUUGAUCAUAUACUUCGGUUCAUUUACUACGUGUCUGUACGUUAUUGGUAACUUGUUACACACAAUGAAUACAUAUGGUGCGAUUGUUGUUGCUGUUCGUUAUGCUAUAUUUGCACCCAAAGUGCGGAGGUAUUUGGUACAAUCUUUGAUUUUAACUUGGGUGGUAAUUCUAUUAGUGGUCAUCAUUCCUCCUUAUACUUUACCAAAGGAUAAGGUACCCACUUAUGUAAAAUGUAUAUUAACACUGAUAUGUGUUCUGCUAGCUGUGUUGGCGAUCACGUUUGGUUGCAUUUAUACCAAAAUAUUUCAAACGUUAUACGCACGUAAACAAAGACUUUCACUAUCCUUUCAUCUCAAACGUUCAACAGUUCGAGGUCGGGAAAUAAACAAGAACAAUCAUAAUGUUGUCAAGACAUUAUUUCUGCAUGUUUUGUUAUUUAUGAUAACCACAGCUCCUGGCAGUCUUAUCAUUCUAGUUUUCCUGCAUUGUGCAACAUGUGAUCUUGUCAAACUUCAACUUGCAGCUCUCUUCACCAUUCCAAUUAUAUAUUCUCCAAUGGUGUUCUUACCGCUUCUCUGGCUGUUCAGGCUGAAGCAAUACAAAAAAGCAAUGAUUAAAACACUCUGUUUUUGGCGAAGUGCCAGUUUUUGGCGAAGAAGAUCCAAAAACUUAAAGAUUCAGGCGAGCGUACUAAACGUAGAGAACAGGUCAAGAUCAGAAAGCUGUACAAAAGAGCUGGAAAAUCUAUCUGUGGCUGUAUGAAGACUCUUCAUUGACCUUAGAAGUCCUUACGUCACGUCACUGUCAAACAAUGAAAAUUUGACCACAUGCAUCGCACAUUGCAUUGCGUAUACCUAAUGUUUAGAAAGAUUGAAAAUUGCGUGACGUAAGUAGUUCUAUAGUCAAUAUAAUUUAAUUUAUAUCAAGUGCAAAUGUACAAAACGUCGGACUAUUGAUAUCUACUGUAUAUUGUGUAUUGUGUACUAUUCCAACCAUAAUGCUCAUCUUGUGUCUAACCGUGCAUGCAUGGCUAGAGUUAUAACGAAACAAGGUUAUGAUAUCAGAUCUUCCGAGACAUAGGGAACAGAUAAAAUAGAAAUCCCCUUCUACAUGUCGCAUUGAUCACGUGUUAACAAUGGACCAAUAGUAAUGAUUGUUUGCUUAGGGGACGUAAGAAAUGGCUUGCGUUUUACCAAUACCUAUAUAGCCAUGAGACAGUUAUGGAAGAGGAGAUUUGUACAUACACGGGACUAAGUUGUGGAAUGAUUUGCCAUAUCUAAUAAGAUGUAAAUUCAAAUAUUUAACUGUUUAAAAAGGUAUUCAAUGGUAAUCCGUUCCAAAAUCUACAACUAUAUCAAUCCAUGUAAAGGACCGUUCAUUAUUUAUGGGGGGGGGGGGGACUGGGGGAACCUGAUAUUUUUCCAGAUAAAAAAAGAGGGGAAGAUAGAGCUAUAUAUUUUAAAAAUCAUUACAGUGCGUCUACAGUAAGUCGGGCCACUUAGAGAACACUAACCAAUCGCAUUGCAGAACAAAAAGAAAAAUCUAAUCAAACUAAAUAUCGUCCAAUCAAAAGAAAGAUUCAGGAAGCCAUUAACUGCAGUAUUUACUUUUACAAGUCUAUUUUUGCCGUUUGACAUUCGUUUAUUUGUUCAAAUUGUUUUUGGCCUAAUGCUGAUUGGCUAAUGCGCCGUUUGUUUAUUUUUUCAAUUUUUGUUCUGCAAUGUGAUUGGUUAGUGUUUUCUAAGUGGCCCCACUUACUGUAGACGCACUGUAAUAAUUGAUGAGGGAAAAAACAAAAAGAAAUCAGAUGUACAUAAACUCCAUCUAGUUUGAAUUUCUCCUGUUAGACAAUGUUGAUUUUCAAAAUUACUAUGGUCAAAUAGAUCCUUUCUGCUAUUCAACACACUCGCAGUACAUGUUUCAUCAGAUUUAUUAAAACACUUGGGUAUCGCCUCGUGUUAUAAAUCUGAUAAAAGAUUGCUGUUGGUGCUUUGAAUAUUAAUACAUAAUAUCAAACUUUCAUUUCUGCUCUCUGUCCCUGCUGUACAAAUUAUAAUAGGCAGGCUUAUAGUUGCACACAAAAGGAAUAAAAAACAAAUAUGUACAUUUACUAUGUUGUGAAUUGUAUAUUGUAGCACUGUAUACAUAAAGAAAUGCAUAUAUAAAUUGCGAUGGUUGCAGAAGUAUAUGUGUUACUCAUUCACUGUGAACAAUAUGGUACAAUAUUUUUAUGUAUUUUGUAAAGUGCAUGCUAUAUACGGUAGUUAUAGGAGGAACCUUAUAAUUUAUUGUUAAGGUAAAGGAGAACCGAAAAUCUAAGUUUGACUAUGGGUGGGGUCCGGGGAAAAAAUAGGAAAAUUUGCAAAAAUCGCCCAUGCCCCCGCAUAAAUAAUGAACGGUACGGUCCCUAAACAUUAAUUUUUAUUUUAUAUUUCUG